AUGCGACCAAACAGUAAUUUUGACCUCUUUCUCACACAAGAGGCUUUAAUUCUAAGGUUGUCCAAUACAACCUCUGUGACGUUCAAAAUGUCAAAUCCUUUAUCUCCCCUCUCGACUUCAUUUCAAAACACACGAGCUCUCUCUCCAAAAACCGCUUCAUCACCGUUCCUGCCAAAAACAAUCGACGAUACUUCAGACCGCGGCUUGUCAAGUCCUUUGAAGCGAGCAUGGACUGAAGAUGAUACGCAAGCCCCCUAUAUUUACGAGGACGAGGAGAACAAUCCACCCGAGGACUUUGAGAAUGACGACGACUUUCACGAAGCUGCCAGUUCUCCCUUCCAAGAGAACGCGCGCGAUAAUACCGUUGAUUUUCAGAAACUUCAAGAAUAUCAAGAGUUAACACCGAAGCGAUCAAUUUUUGGAAUGCGACAAGCGGAAGAUCCGAUGAGCUCGCCUUUCCGACCUGAUGCUAGAGAUGAGACAAUUGAUCUUCAGAAACUGCGCGAGUUACAACCGCUGUCUCCGGGACUGAGUAAGCGUCUUGCAGUUGAGAACCCGGAUAGUUCGCCAUUUCGCCCCGAUGCGAAGGACGAGACUGUUGAUCUUGCGAUGCUACGAGAGAUGCAGGCCGAAUCGCCUGACUUUGAACAGCAGCUGGAGGCUGAGAGCUCCCCCUUUCGCCCCGAGGAAAGCUCUCCCUUUCGUCCUACGGAAGAAGAGGAACCCGUUGAAUUUCCAGGACUGCAUGUCUCUCAACGGUCAACUGGAAGUACCGAGCAAUCUUCUCCGGUAGCUCGAAAUUCGCCUAUUCGUCAGGAUUUCAGUGAAAAAAGCAUUGAAAUUAAGAAGCGGCGCUCGUCUUUAAGUUUGACUGAGGGUCUUUCUAUCACUACACCGCACAAGCGAUCCUUUGAACAGGCGCCUGAGGAAAAGGAGGAGCCCAUCGAAUUCCCAAAACUGCGUGGCUCUCAACGAUCAACUGGGAGUGGCGAGCAAUCUUCUUCGGUAGCUCGAAAUUCGCCUAUUUGUCAGGAUUUUCAUAAAGACAAUAUUGAAGUUCAUAAGCGGCGCUCGAUGCAGCGCUCGUCUCUUGGUUUGAAUGAGGGUCGUUCAAUUGCUACUCCGCGCAAGCGAUCCUUCGAGCAGACACCCCAAGAUCUAGACGAUAUGCACGAACAUGAGCGUUCCAAAAAGGGCCUGAAGAGUAGUGCUGGAGCACCCGAGAUCCAUAUCGAUCUUGAUGAAGAAUCCAUUCUGCAUGACCAAAGUUUCGUAUCAAGUAAAGCCACUUACGACCAGUCAACUAUCUCAAGCAUGAUUGAUGACAAGAGAAACGAGGGUAUGAGCACGGUUCUGCAGGAUGAUGAUGAUGGCAAUGACUCUAUGGAUGACACGGGUUUUAGCAACUUCUCUGUCUUGCCGGAUAUGACUUCGUUUGCAAAGCUCCGAGCGGAUUCACCCUUAAAGCCUAUGCGUAGUAGUGUGCACAUAUCUACCCCAAACACUUCCCGCAACUCGCACAGACCUACCCUGCUUGAUGCUGGAUCACCUGUCGGGUCUCCCACGCCCCGACACCAAGCCUCUUCACAAAAGGGCAAACCUAACCAGACACCCAACCUCCUUGACUUUACCGAUGAAAUGAACUUCUAUCCGCGCCACUCCAUGCAGCAGGGAUCUCAAUAUUCUCCUUCGCGUCAAUCUCCCAUGAGACACAUGCGGAACUCUCGAUCGCCUACAAAGCUAUCUCUAUUGGACUUUGAUAUUCCACCUCAGCCGAGCCCCCGCUCUCUUCCCUCUAUUACACCCCGAGAACUGGAAUCUCUGAAGUCUAGCUUCAUGUCCGAGGUUUCCUCUCUCAAAGCCACCCUCAGCGGCAAGGAGGCCGAGGUUGCCAGUUUGAAGAAAGCUGUUGGCGAUGCGGAGAGACGUGUCGGAGAAGCACUGGAAGAGCUUCGCAAUGAGGCUGCUCUAAAACAGGCCUUGGAAAUUGAGCAGGCUACGUGGGACCGCCGUGGUCAGGAUAUGGAGAGAGUUCUGAAGUCUGUCCGCGAUGAAUUGGAGGAAGGUGAAAGUGAGCGGGAUCGUCUGACCCGUAAAGCGGAAGAUCUCGAGAAGAGUAAGGAGAACCUGGAAGGCAGAGUUGUUGAGCUGGAGACUCAGCUAUCUACUGCACGUACCGCAUCGGAGAACACCUCCGCUUCCGGAUCCCAGCAGACCUCGCAGUCGGCCGAGGACACUACCCGGGAAGUUCAGGAGGCAGUUGAAAGAGUAGCCCGCGAGCUUCACACUCUGUAUAAGAGCAAACACGAGACCAAGGUGGCGGCGCUCAAAAAGAGCUACGAGUCUCGCUGGGAGAAGCGCCUCCGAGAGGUUGAGAAAAAGCUCUCUACUUCUAAUGAGGAGAAUGAGCGUCUUAGAGUCAAGUGUGACUCUGCCGGUUCCAAUGCGAUGGCUACAGCUAAUGCCAGUAUGAUGGCCCUCGAUCACGAUGAGCAAGAAGCUGAAAAGCACGUCCUCGAAGCCCAGAUUAAGGGUCUCCAACACGAGAUGGCUGCCCUGAAGGAAGACAGCGAAAAACUUCGCGCUGAUCUCAAGGCGGAACGUACAGAGAAGGGCGAGCUUGUUGCUGCCGUUGAUGAGUGGUUGGCCAUUCAGCAAACUCAGCCAGCCCCGGAACAGAACCCAGAAAACGAGCGUGAGCCGUCAGUUUCCUCUGCUGGACAACCUGACGAGGAAAAUCAGUCAGCUAGCGAGCCUCCUGCGGAGAACUUCCAUCGCAGCAUUAGCCGCGGAUCUGGUAUUCGACCCCCUAGCACAGUUGAGAAGAGAAAGCCACGGUACGGAGCUCCUGCUGGUCGUGGUCACUCUCGUGGUAACAGUGGUAGCAAGUCUGGGAUUGCAGUUUUCACGCCUGGCCGUGGUGGAAUCAUGAGCUCUAUUGAGCGCAUGGGUCGUGGUGGCGCCUAA